CAAUUUUCAAUCAAGGAAAAACGUGUCUUCUUGACUGAGCUAAUCGUGACUCUUCAUUUUCUCAGGCUAAACUCAGCCAUCGCGAAACAUGAAUUCUCUCUCUAGAAAUCUAUAGUACUAGUAUUAUCUAAAUAUUCCAACCCUAAAACUCUCUUCAACCUCAGCGAACCCAAAGUAAUUCUUAGAACUGUAAUUGCUUCAUGGGAUCGAGAGAUUCGUCACAGCUGCUGGCGCCAGGUUUCCGGUUCCACCCGACCGAUGAGGAGCUGGUCGUCUAUUAUCUGCAGCGCAAGAUCCGCUCUCAGCCACUCCGCGUCGAUUGCAUCUCCGAAAUCGAUAUUUACAAGGUCGAGCCAUGGGACCUUCCAGGCAUGUCAAGGCUAAAGACCAGAGAUCUUGAGUGGUACUUUUUCAGUAUGCUUGAUAAGAAGUAUGGUAACGGUGCAAGGACUAAUCGAGCAACUGAAAAAGGCUAUUGGAAGACCACUGGAAAGGACAGAUCAGUUUAUCACAGUUCCCGGGUGGUAGGGAUGAAGAAGACUCUUGUGUAUCAUAUUGGUCGGGCUCCAAAAGGGCAGAGGACUAAUUGGGUGAUGCAUGAGUACAGGCGUGUCGAUGAGAAGUCAAUUAAAUCUGGAAUUGUUCAGGAUGCAUUUGUGUUGUGCAGAGUAUUUCAAAAAAGUGGGUCAGGGCCGAAGAAUGGAGAACAGUAUGGAGCACCUUUUGUUGCGGAAGAAUGGGAGGUGGAUGAGUCAGGAACAGUCCCCAAGGCAGAAUUAGCUGAGCAAUUAGGAUUUUUAGAUGAUAUAUGUUUGGAUGGGGAUGAACUUGAGCAGAUUCUUGAGGCAGACACUCCCUCAGAAGGUGCUAUGGUUUCUCUGAACAACGUUACUGAAGACAUUGAGGACAAGGCCGGACAUUCUGAGGAGUUCCAGAAUACCACGGUGAAUGAUGUUGAAUAUCCUUGUGGACCUGAUGAACAGAGGUCCUUUGAUCAGCCAAUUGACAAUUUUGAGCCUAACUCUGCUGUCAAGCAUGAAUACAUGGGUGAAUCUAGCAAUGGCAUGGCCCCUGACAGUGUGGAUUACAUACUUAAUGAACCACUUGUGGAGACCAGCGACCAAUUUCUGUUUAAUGAUGGGACAUUUCUUGAAACCAAUGAUCUUUCAAAUCCCGUGGAUACAGAUGCUACAGGUUUUGACAUGCUUGAGGAAUACCUUAAUUUCUAUGACGCCACUGAUGGUUUCCAGGACAUGCUGUUUGAUCCUGCAAUGUUGAUAGGGAGUGAUGGGUUUCAUGGAGAACCACCAUCUUUGGUUAAUAAGGAUGCAUGUGAAGCAGAUGAAAUUGCUAUUUCACCCAUUGGUGUUGAAGAUAAUAAGACUUCUGAUAUUCCAUCAUCAUCAAAGCCGGUGAUCACCAAAUUUGGGUCAGACUACCAACAUCCAUUUAUGAAGCAGGCAAGUCAAAUGUUGGGCAACAUCCCUGCACCUCCGGCAUUUGCAUCAGAAUAUCCUAAAGAUAUUGCUGCACGCCUCGGCGCAGCAGCAGCUCAAGCAUCAAGCUCAUCGGUUCACGUUACUGCUGGUUUGAUACAAAUAAGAGACCUCACCCUCCUCGGCAGUGGCGGUGGAGGAAAACUGCAGCAUUCUGGACGGAAUUACAAUAUUGUCCUUUCUUUUGGCAGCUUGAUGGAAUCAUCAUUUGAUCAUCACCAUGGGAAGUGUCUGCUGUCAGCUGCUACUGGGGGUUGGCUAUUCUCCUUCUUCUUUUGGGUUCUAAUGCUGCUUUCCCUUUCCUUCAAGAUUGGGACCUUCAUCUCUGCACGGUAAUGUAACUAUGUAUUUACUGCUUGGCAGAAGCAGCUGCCGUCUUUCCGUGGGUGGAUGUUGGGGUAUUUGAUUAAACUGUACCCUAGGAUAUACUUCGUUUUUACUGCCUACUUUUGUUUACUCUGCCUGGCUGACUGGUGAUGAACAUAUGAUUUAAGCUUUUCUCGGCAUCCACUGAUAGAUGAUGUGAUUAAUAGACAAUAAAGUUUGUAGUAUAGAACUCAGCUCGUUCUAUUAUUUCAAUUUUUCCCUUUGGAGUUCGGACUGAUUAGUUUAAUCACUGGUGGAUUGCUACAAUAAUUACACUUCGUUUGAUGCUUAUUUUUUUAGAAUGUCUCUCCCCCCAAAUCAUCUUGGUCGGCACUGUAAGAUUAUUAAUGCACCUGUUCCAGGUCCAUAUUUGAAUAUAAUAGUAUUAUUAUGUGUGCAUCA